UUUAGUAGGUUAAUAUUGCGCUUGGAAACUCUUAAAGUAAAGUAGACGUUGAUUGAUAUAGACAGUCGAGAAUAGAUUGAUUAUAUCAGGAUGGAAAAUUUCAACGAAUCACAAAUGAAGUCACUUCAGGAACUAGAGGUAGAAAUGAUGCAAGAUCUCUAUCAAAGGGCGUCAGGUGUGUGUUUGAAGAAAUGUUUACCACCAAAUGGAAAGGAAACUGAACUGAACAAAAAUGAAGCAGUUUGUAUUGACAAAUGUAUUGCAAAGUACUUGGAAAUCCAGGAGGUAGUCAACAAGAAGUUGAUAUCUCUACAACAGGAUGAAAAUGCAAAGGUUGAAGCAAUGAACCAGCUUCAAAAUCAAGUCACAAAGUGAAUCUGUGAAUGGUUGGUUCCACAGGAUAAAUUCUAUUGACUAUUUGAAAAGCUAUUAGAAGGAUCAGUCUUAGCACUGACAAACAUUUCAGAAUGAUUGUCCUGUUUGCUGGCAUUAUGUUGUGAGCAAGGCUAGAUCCCUGAAGUAUCACAAAGGAUGGCUAGAUCCUUGAUCUAUCAUAUAGAAUGAUGGAAAUAUAAUAUUGAUACUAUUUAUAUUCACUGUGAUUGUAUAACACUUAAUUAUGAACAAAGAAUAUUAUGUUCUUCAGAAAAUGUGACUUUGGUUUCGUUGCUGAAGAGAGUACAGUGUCAUUAAUCCAAAUCCAUCUCUGAAAAUCUACAUAUAACAUGCAGGAAUCGUGCAAAGACAAGCUGAUGAAGAUAUUAUGUUAACAUCUUGGAGAAUCACAUUUCUAGUUAUCAGUCCAUAAGGUGUUUUACAUAUGACCACUCAGUGAUUUCUCUGGUCAUAUUAAUGGAUCUCAAUAAAGACUUUUUGUUUCCUGUUACCUCCAAACUUUUAACGUGUUGAAAGUUUUUAUUACAGUACUCAUUGGACUAUUUUUAAUGCUGUGAAUUUUUCAAAAUGUAUGUGUAACAGGAAACAAACAUACUUUUUGUUUGGCUUGUCACAUUAUCCUGUUUUACAUUCUCGAUACACCAGGGGUACUUACUAUCGCUGUCGGCACCCUUGGAACAUUUCAUAACAAAAUUGAAUGUUCCAUGUGUGACACAUUGUGGAUAAGACAAUAAGACUAGUUUGAUUGUUUGUUGCACAUGAAACAAAUCUUGAUAUGGCUUGGCAUCUAUGUUGUACUAAUCUUCAAAGGACCAUAUCUGUCUGUGAUUUGUUAGUUUUUGCUUCUGAAUCCUGCUCUAGACCGAUCAAACUAUUUUAAAUGUAACUUCAAUUUUGCCAGGAAAUGUUCUUGGGUGAAAAGAGCAAAUUAAAGUGAUCAUAAUUUUCAAACCCUGGAGUAUUGAAAAUGGCUGUUUCAUGUCUGUCUGUCAGACAAUAAAAAAUUAAUUCGCUAA